GAUCAAACAGCAAGCUCUCUUCAAGUACCAACUCGAUGUAAAGCCGGUGCAGAAUAAGGACAAGAAGCAACAAGCCAAAGACGCGAAAGGUCUGAAGCUGAUGAACAUCAUCAAAAGCGCUCUCAGCCAAGUUGCACAUGGUCACCCUCUGGUGACCGAGUUCAAGAAUCAGGUUAUCACGCUGAAACCUCUUCCGCUCCCAAGCAACAACAUCGUGAUCGUCAACUAUACACUGGAAGGACACGACGAUCAAUAUGAGGUCAAGUUCAACGGACCCGUCGACGUGGACUUGUCAGCGUUGUUUCAGUACCUCACGACUAUGGAUGAUCCUACUGGGAGCAAGUCCUUCCCGAAGUAUGAGGAUGUCAUUGAUGCCCUUAACGUGAUUAUGGGUCACAGUCCCCGAGGCAAUUCAGAAAUCGCGUCGAUUGGUCGAAGCCGCUUCUUUCCUAUCGAUGGGCCAACGCUUCGGACUGAGAGACAAGGACUGGGCUGGAAUGAAGCCAUCCGAGGUUAUUUUCAGUCUGCUCGACCGGCAACUGGUCGUCUGCUGCUCAAUGCAAACGUCAGUCACGGAGUGUUUCGUCCCGCGGGCCCGGCGACCAACCUUUUCACCCAGGCGGCCCUAUACAACUUGCACACGUUGCACAAGAACAUGUCCAAGCUUCGGGCUCGUGUCACCUACCUGGGUGAUAAAGGUGAGACGAAGCGGGUUGUGGUGAAGAUGAUUCAAGGGCUUGCUUCGCCUUACACUGCCAAGGGCAAAGAGGCGAAGCCGCCCAAGGUGACAAGGCUGGGCGCAACCGCCACUGAGGUAGAGUUCUACCUCACUGGUCCGACAGGGUCAACAAGCUUGGCACCCAAUCGGUACUACACGGUCGCCGAAUAUUUCCAGAAGCGUUAUGGCAGAACUGUCAACCCGAACUUGCCAGUGAUCAACAUCGGAACCUCUCAUCGACCAGUAUUUAUGCCCGCAGAAGCCGUCGAGGUCAUCCCGGGCCAGCCAUUGCAGCGUAAACUCAACGCAAGGGAGACUCCGACCCUGAUCACUUUUGCAUGUCGCUCACCAGUUGCUAAUGCAACAUCAAUCACCACGUUUGGACGCAGGUGUCUUCAGUUGGACAACAACGAGAAAUUGUCCGAGUUCGGUGUCGAGAUUGAGAAGGACCUGCUGACUAUCAACGGCCGGGAGCUUAAAAAUCCGGAUAUAAAAUACAACAACCAGAAGGAAGCUAAUCCGCGCGAAGGCUCGUGGAACAUGAGAGGAGUCGAGGUCCUCAAGCCUGGUGCCAAGAUCGACAGGUGGACAUUUGUCCAUGUCGACCCAGAGCCUCGGGACAAGGACACCGUCACAAGUAUCAUGAACGGCAAGUUCAAAGUUCUUACAAACAUGGGCAUACCCAUUGCCGAAACGCCCAUGCAUCCUCAAGGUCUUGUGGUAAACACCCGAACUGGGCACCCAGUUGAUGCUGUGCGCGACGCGUUCACCGAGAUUCGAAAAGCUUCGGGUGGGAAGGGUGCGCAGUUUGUCUUCGUCAUUCUUGCUCAGAACGACCCAGAUGUCUAUGCCGCGGUCAAGAGUCUUGGCGAUACCGAAUUCGGCAUCCAUACUACUUGCAUGGUGCGGAAGCACUUCGCCAAGGACAAGCCGAUGGACCAGUAUUUCGCCAAUGUCGGUCUGAAGAUCAACCUCAAGAUGGGUGGCAACAACCACCAGCUCAAGAACGACAUUGCCAUUAUCCGUGAGGGCAAGACCAUGGUUGUCGGCUACGACGUCACACAUCCGCCCCCGGGCUCCAACUCACCCAGCCUCGUGGGACUUGUGGCAAGCGUUGACAAGGAACUCUCUCAGUGGCCAGCUGCAGCUUGGGCCCAGGAUGGUCGUGUCGAGAUGCUCGGGGAGAAGCUGCGUGAGAAGUUUGACGAGCGUCUUGUGCUUUGGCAGAAACACAACCAGCAAAGACUGCCUGAAAACAUCAUCAUAUUCCGUGAUGGUGUAUCCGAAGGGCAGUUUCAGCAGGUCUUGGACAAAGAGCUCCCAUUGAUCCGCGAGGCAUGCGCUAAGAAGUAUCCUGCCAAUAGCGCACAACCAAAGAUCACUGUGGUCGUGUCUGUGAAGCGGCACCAGACGAGAUUCUAUCCGACGGCCCCUAAGCACAUGACCAAGUCACGCAAUGUAGCUACCGGCACCGUUGUGGACCGAGGCGUGACCCAGGCCAGGAUCUGGGACUUUUUCCUCGUUGCCCAUGCCGCACUGCAAGGCACCGCCCGGCCGGCGCAUUACACAGUUCUUCUUGACGAGGUUUUCCGCGCCAACCUUGGUCAAGGCGCUGCCGCGGCCAAUGGCAUCCAGGAGCUCACGCAUGAGAUGUGCUAUAUGUUCGGUCGUGCCACGAAAGCCGUGAGCAUCUGCCCUCCAGCUUAUUAUGCAGACAUUGUCUGCACACGUCAGCGGGCGUACAUGACGGACCUGUUCUCAGAUGCGAGCGACACGGCGUCCGUGGGUGGUACUUCGUCGACGAGUCGUGCUGGUUAUGGUAAGGACAUAUCAGUUGAGGUUCAUCAGGAUCUGAGAAACUCGAUGUACUACAUUUAGGGGGCCAAGUUUGAAAGUUGGGUCACUGCAGCUGAGUUCAGUCCAGAAAUAUGUAGAUUGAGACGUCGGGGCAUAGUGUCGCACCAGCUAGGGAGCAAGUUUUUAUGGAGAUCGGCCAAUUGGACGAAAAUGAUGAACUGGAGUCUGGGAAUCUGGUAAUUAAUGACAGAGCUCACGAGCGAUCAUAUGUGUCAAAGGAUCAAGCAAAGGUUGGGUUUCUUCAAGCUGUGCAGC